CAAAUUCUAUAUUAAAAUUGAAUCUUGAAUGGUUGAUUUUUUUAAUAAUUAUUUUGAUAAUUUUAACGAAAAUUUUGUGAAAAACCCUAGUUUUUUUUUUCCCCCUUUUUACCCAUAGAAUUGGAAAUGGAGAAUCCAAUUCCAAAAUCAUUUCUAUGUAACCAAACACCUCUAAAGCCUAAAAUGUGCUUUUAAAAGCUUUUAGCCUAUUUCCCCUGUUAUUGUAUUUGGCGCCAAAUCUGAUGACUGACGGCUUCAAAAAUUUGAGCCUCUGAACCUUCAAUGCUUCAUGGUUCUUCUCGGCGCCUCAUCUCUAUCUCAUUCCUACCAAAUCUGAGCCGUUCAAUCUCAAUCAUCCAUCACCAACCCAACAAUGAUGUUCUUGAUUUCUUCAAUGAUUUGCUUCAACAAUGCUCCAAAUCUCACCUUUCCCAACAAAUUCACUCCCAAAUCAUCGUCACUGGCUCGCAUCGAUCUGCGUUCUUGGCCGCCCGGGUCGUGUCGGUUUAUGCAGGUUUUGGGCUGGUCAGUGAUGCCCAGAGAGUGUUUGAAGUUAGCCCAAUUGAGUGCUUUUCGAAUCUGCUUUUGUGGAAUUCAAUUUUGAGGGCUAAUGUGGCUCAUGGGUACUGUGAAGAAGCUCUUGAAAUUUAUUGUAGAAUGCGAAAGCUAGGGGUUUCGGCUGAUGGGUUUACUUUUCCUUUGGUUAUAAGGGCUUGCGCUUUGAUGGGUAGUCGUAAAUUGUGCAGGAGCGUUCAUGGGCAUGUUGUGGAAAUGGGGUUUCAGUGGAAUCUUCAUGUGGGGAAUGAAUUGAUGGGAAUGUAUGGGAAGAUUGGGAGAAUGGACGAUGCGCGCAAAGUGUUUGAGAGAAUGGCUGUCAGGAGUUGUGUUUCUUGGAACACUAUGGUUUCGGGUUAUGCACUUAAUUAUGAUUGUCAUGGUGCUUCUGAGAUGUUUCGGAUGAUGGGGUCUGCAGGGCUGGAGCCCAAUUUGGUGACAUGGACUUCCCUGUUGUCGAGUCAUGCUCGGUGUGGCCAACAUGUCGAAACAAUGGAGUUGUUUGGUAGGAUGAGGAUGAGGGGAAUUGGGGCUACUGCUGAAGCACUUGCUGUGGUGUUAUCAGUCUCUGUUGAUUUGGCUGCUUUUGAUGAGGGCAAGGUGAUCCAUGGAUAUGUUGUGAAGGGUGGAUUUGAAAACUACUUGUUUGUGAAAAACUCCCUUAUAUGCCUGUAUGGGAAACAUGGAAAUGUAAAUGCUGCCCGAAUUCUGUUUCUAGAAAUCAAAACCAAGAAUAUAGUGAGUUGGAAUGCUCUGAUAUCAUCAUAUGCAGAUUUGGGUUGGUGUGAUGAGGCUUUUGCAAUAUUUUUGCAGCUGGAGAAGACAGAUGAGUAUCCGAUGGUGAGGCCCAAUGUGGUAAGUUGGAGUGCUGUCAUUGGAGGAUUUGCUUCCAAAGGACAAGGGGAGGAGGCCCUUGAACUCUUUCGAAGAAUGCAGCUUGCUAAAGUAAAGGCAAAUUCUGUGACAAUUGCCAGUGUUUUAUCAGUUUGUGCAGAGUUAGCAGCACUGCAUCUUGGUAGGGAGAUCCAUGGCCAUGUAGUCAGAUCUUUGAUGGAUGGAAACAUUUUGGUGGGGAAUGGAUUGAUUAAUAUGUACACAAAAAGUGGAAGUUUCAAGGAAGGGAAUUUGGUAUUUGAGAAAAUUGAGAAUAAGGAUUUGAUCUCUUGGAACACUAUGGUUGCAGGGUAUGGCAUACAUGGACUUGGUGAGAAUGCUAUAAGAACUUUUGAUCAGAUGAUUAAAGAUGGCUUUGAGCCAGAUGGGGUCACUUUUGUUGCUGUCCUUUCAGCAUGUAGUCAUGCUGGGCUUGUCGCUGAGGGCCGUGAACUCUUUGAUAAGAUGAUCAAAGAGUUCAGGGUUGAGCCCCAGAUGGAGCACUAUGCUUGUAUGGUGGAUCUUCUUGGCCGAGCUGGGCUUCUACAGGAGGCAAGCAAGGUAGUGAAGAGCAUGCCAGUGGAACCCAACGCUUGUGUUUGGGGAGCUCUGCUGAACUCCUGCAGGAUGCAUAAAAACACAGAAGUGGCAGAGGAAACUGCCUCUCAGAUCUUUAAUCUCAACUCAGAAAUAGCAGGGAGCUACAUGCUGCUCUCAAAUAUUUAUGCUGCGUCCGGGAGAUGGGAGGAUUCUGCAAAGGUCAGAAUCUCAGCAAAGACAAAGGGUCUAAAGAAAACCCCAGGCCAGAGUUGGAUUCAGGUGAAGAAGAAGGUUUACAUGUUUUCAGCAGGCAACACCCAGCAUGCAGAAUUGGAAGAAGUUUACAGGAUCCUCAAGGAUCUAGGUCUUCAAAUGGAGGUAGAAGGCUAUAUUCCCGACAUAGAUGAAGAACAGAGAUCGAUAUUGCUUGGGUACAGGUAGAACUUAAGAGUUUCUCCAUUCCUUAUGGACAUGCUCAUGAGUUAUUGCAUUUUUACCACAUAUUUAUAGGUAUGUAAGACUGGUUUUUUCUCAAAUAAUGAAAUGAUCAGAGCCAUAAUCAGAGGGAGACAAUCAAAAUUUCAAUGCAAAUAAAGAUGGGCCAUUGCUCUUUAUGCAA